AUUCUGUUUGAUAUCCAUAAAAUAGAUGUGCUACGGUUUUCUACGCUGCGUAAUUGAAGUUAUUUGUGAGUAAAAAUGGACAUCUGAUGUGCAUCGGGUUAAUUGUGAGGAGUACGAAGUACGGAAGACCAAUUAAAGGAAGCUAAAAUCAUCUUACGCGGUUUCCAACCGGCAGUGACGGGUGUAGUAGUAGGGUGGGUAGCACCGCCGAUGUCAUCGCAACCUCCCCACCUAUCCCCGGAGCUUACUCGGCUUGCAUCUUUUACAUCAUUCCAAAAGGAAACAACAAUCCUAUUGGAAAUUUAAGCUUAAAGCAUAUUUCUUCUCCCUCCGAAUUUCUCAUUCAUAUAUCUUCUCCCCAUAACCCAUAUUCAGUUUCUCCACAAUGGCUUCUACAGACUCCUCAACCAUCCCUCCAGAGGUCAUCGAGUUUGCGUCUCGGAUGUACAAUGCUGCACGAACUGGCGAUAAAGACGUAUUCGAACAAGCAUUGCCGAGAGGAUUACCACCUAACAUGACUAAUGAGAAGGGAGAUACUCUUCUUAUGCUUGCGGCAUAUCAUGGACAUGCUGAUCUUGUCAAGCUACUCAUCCAGCAUGGUGCCGAUCCAAACCGGAUAAAUGAUAGAGGCCAAAGCCCUCUAGCCGGCGCUAUUUUCAAGAAGGAAGAUGCUGUUGUCGAGGCAUUACUAGAAGGAGGUGCUGACCCAGAAUACGGCUCGCCUUCCGCACUUGCAUGCUUAGCUAUGUUCCAGCAGCAGGAUAAAUGGGGAGCUAAGUUUGAAGGGGCCCCUGGGAAAGGCAAGGCUGGGAAACCCAUAUCCGAGUGAAAUCAUAUCAAACAUUCACAAACUUCUAAUUUAGAUUCUGUUGGGAGAAAUAGAUGAAAUUUUUAUUUCUAAUCGAGGACAAACGAGAUCUUAGAUUGGCAGAUGAAUGAAAUAAUCUAGCGUUAGGUGCGGGAUGGUCAUAGGAAAGAGAAGCCAAUCUUCACAUUUAGCUUAACAUUCUUUUCAAAAAAAAAGCAGUAUUCAUUGACUACCAAUACAUCGGUAGCAGAAUAAAGAUGAUGGUACCUUAA